UUAAAUAUGUUCGUCACUCUAGUUGGUAUUCUCUCUAUCCUGGCUAUCGAGUUCUUUGUUAACGAAUAAGGAUCUUUUAAGAUACGCCGGAUCCGCUAAAAUACGCCGAUCCCCGUUCGUCUUCCGAUCAUAUGGGGCUGCUUGACCAGUUGUGGGAUGAUACCGUUGCGGGUCCCCGACCCGAUAAUGGUCUCGGCAAGCUCCGAAAGCACUCCACUUUCACUUUCCGGCCUAACUCUGCCAAGGAAUCGGAUGGCGGGAGUGUAAGAUCGUACGGUGAUGAAGCGCCGGAGGAAGCGACGAGAGUGACACGUAGUAUUAUGAUCGUAAAACCGCCUGGUUACCAGAGCGGAUCGCCUCCGGUUUCGCCGGCCGGAUCGACCCCUCCGGUAUCUCCUUUUUCCGGAGGCAGAGAAUCAUAUCGGUUUCGGAGAAGGUCCACAUCGGAUGCAUUCGAGAAGGCUAACGAGGUUGGACCAAGGAGCCCUCGUCCUCCUUACGACGUGUGAGAUAUGAGUCCUCUCCCAUAUUUGGCGACAAAUCAAAUGGGUUUUGGUACUGUUUGCAUGCUUAGGUCUUUCAAAUGUGUAACUUAUAGUGUAGUAUGGGGUAAUGUAUGCAAGAAUGUAGUCUGGUGUAUAUAGAGCUUGUAAUAGUACGGUUCGGCCGUUGUUUGUCGGAAUAAGAUUUCGGUGUUGGUUUCUCUUUUGCUUAUAUGGAUCUUAAAACUGUAAUUUUAUGUUUUGGUGGGUGUGUGGAGCCAGGGUUAUAAUAGUGGAUGAUGAAUGUGACGGUGUUUGCUAAAGGUAGAACAGAUACGAGCGGUGGUGGUGGAUGCAAUGGGGGUUAGUGGGGGCUUAUUGAUGAUUAAUGUCGUGGAAUUUGGUAUUGUCAAAAUCUGUCUUUGUGGGAUCAAUUUGGUUGUAUGAUUGGGAUAUGAAAAUGGAAAUGUCUGUUACUGCUUAUUUACGUAA